GAAUUAAUCAUUAAUCUGUGACCUGUGUACAUUUAAUUUAAAUCCAUGAAAAUAAUUAGUCGACCACUGAAGAAAUCAGGUUUAUAUUUUACUGUAAUAUUUUCGAUACUGUUCGGACAAGUAGGAGUAAAGCAAACCUCUGCUUACCAAAUAUAACAAUGAGCUUAGUUGCGAAUACCGGGAAGUUGGCGGGUCGCACGCUGUUCAUAACGGGUGCUUCACGUGGCAUUGGAAAGGCUAUAGCUCUAAAAGCGGCUAAAGAUGGAGCGAAUGUCGUCGUGGCUGCAAAAACCGCUGAACCACAUCCUAAACUCCCAGGCACAAUUUACACUGCAGCGGAAGAAAUUGAAGCCCUUGGUGGAAAAGCCUUGCCAUGCAUAGUAGAUGUAAGAGAUGAAAAGCAAGUACAAAAAGCCAUUGAUGAAGCUGUUAAGAAGUUCAAUGGUAUUGAUAUUUUGGUUAACAAUGCUUCAGCUAUUUCAUUGACCGGAACAGCCCACACUGACAUGAAGAGAUAUGACCUCAUGCACAAUAUCAAUACAAGGGGAACAUUCUUAGCGUCAAAGCUGUGUUUGCCUUUGCUGCAGAAUAGUGACCAUGCGCACAUUCUAAAUUUGUCACCACCUCUUAACAUGAAUCCAUAUUGGUUUUCUGUCCACGUUGCAUACACGAUGGCAAAGUAUGGAAUGUCGAUGUGCGUGCUCGGCAUGAGUGAAGAGUUCAAACAAUACAAAAUUGGUGUCAACGCACUCUGGCCUAAAACAGCGAUUGCAACGGCUGCUAUCGAGAUGCUUACCGGGGACACAUCUACUAGCAGAAAACCCGACAUCGUUUCUGACGCCGCAUAUGUUAUGCUUUGCAAAGAUCCAACGAAGUACACUGGCAAAUUCGAAAUCGACGAAGAUGUCCUCAAAGCGGCUGGCAUCAAAGAUUUGACUCCAUAUGCCUGUGAUCCGAAGAACGUGGAUAAUCUACUUUUGGACGGAUUCUUGGACGAUCCGGCCGCAUUGGCGCAGCACAAGACGGUGUCCUCCGCGUCGGUACGACGCUACCACACGUCGGCCGCACGCUAUGCGGAAAAGGCUGAAUCAGGUGGACAGAUACCACAAUUGUUUGCACUGAUCACCAAAACUAUUACACCUGAACUCGUGAAGAAGACUCAGGCUGUGUUUCAGUUUAACGUAAAAGGUAAAGAAGAGGGCGUAUGGCAUCUGGACCUAAAGAAUGGCGACGGUGCGUGCGGCCAGGGUGAGCCAAAGAACCCCGCAGACGCUGUGCUUACAAUGGACAGCAAUAACUUUGCUGAUAUGUUUGCCGGGAAGUUGAAACCAGCAACUGCAUUCAUGAUGGGAAAACUUAAAAUCAAGGGUGACAUGCAAAAAGCUAUGAAGUUGGAGAAAAUGAUGAAGUCACUCAAAGCGAAGGCGUAAAUACGUUUUCAACUGGAAUAUUUGUUGUGUAUGAUAUUGUUGAUAAUUCGAUUGUACAUGAAAUUUAAUUGAUAGGCUGCACCAAUGUGGUAGAACAUUCAAAUCAAAUUAAACUCAUGUUCUCGUGACAACAAAAAAAAUUCACUAACGCUGCUGUCCCAUAGUCAAUUCAGGAAUUCUAUGUCCAUCUUCAGAUCAAAACACACAUAUUCCAAAAUCGCAGCUCAGUCUGAAACUUCAAUAUGCCCAAAAAAAUUAGACAUCCGUGCAUGUUAAACCAACAAUAUAAAAACAUUUGAUGUUUUGAAACAUUGUAUCAUUUCGUGUUUGAUAUAAAAAUAGCCUUUUCCAAAUGUUUCCUGCAGAAAAGUGUGUGUGUGUGUACAAUAGAAUUACAAUCAUUGUACUAUAUUAGCAUACCAGUAUGUAUGUAGGGCAGGUAUGAAUAUGAAACUUAUACAAUUUUUUAUAAUGUUUAAUUUUUAACCUGUGACUGAUUUGCAUGAUUAUGUGCGAAGAAUUUAGGUGCUAUGAAAGUACAAUAUUUUGCUGAUAGCUUUGGGCUAUUCUGCGAUGCAACUGGUCCAUUUAAAAGGAAACCAUAGGAAUUAAGAUUACAAUAAUAUGUAAAAGAGCUCUACAACCUAUAUGGCAAUGUGUUAAUUUAUGGUACUGUUUUAUAAUAGGAUAAAAACUUUUACACUGUUAAAGGAUAUUGAAUAAAUUAUGGACGAAAAUAUUUUUAUAUAAUAUGAAACUUGAAGACAAACGUAAGGAGUUUGUACGUCAAUUAAAUCAGCAUAGAUAGAUACAAGUUUUAACUGCCUAACUUUCAUUUUUUUUGGUGUCCAAAACUGAUGUAUGUA